AUGACUUAUCCCUUUGCUUGCCUCGGGCACAUUUACCGGACGAUCCGGGGCAUGCACGACCGACUAAAUCCGUGGUCGCGAGAAGAGUCACGAUGCUCUCACGGGAGCUUACAGUCAUGCAGUGGCAAAGAGUUUGGGGAGUCAAGCAGAAGCGAGGGCAGCGGAGAAAAGGGCCUGCCUGCCUGGCACGGUCUUGCGUCAGAAGCAAAAGAAAACUGGCAAGGACCUGGGAAUGGGAAUGCCAGCGCUUGA